AAGACAAAGCCCGUUGAAGUCCCCAAGUGCGUUUAUGUGUCGUUAAGUUUGGUGGCUUUCCUUUCUUUUCUACUUCUUCAAAUCCUUCCUUCCAGGCGAUUAUUCCCAAGCCCUUUCCCUCGUUUCCUCCGCCCCUUUUCCCUACCCUUCCUUUCUUUUAUAUCUCUCCCCUCUUUUCCUUCCUUUUCCUCUCAACCUCCCAUUUUCUCUCCUUUCCUCGUCCCGGCAGACGCUAAAAUCAAAACAGAAAAAUGUCUACCGCUUUCUCCGCUGCCAAGUUCACUUCCCCUCCUUUCCCUCUCAGAUCUCACGACAAGCCCCUCUUUGACCCUCUCAAAAUCCCCAACGCCACCUCACCCUUCCUCGGAUCCACUCGCAAAAUCCGCCGUAGUUCUUCUACCAAAUUGAAUCUCCACCGUCGAUCUGGGACAGUUGUCGCCGUCUCCGAUGUCGUCAAGGAAAAGAAAUCCAAAUCCACCUCCAGUCUGUUAAUUACGAAAGAGGAGGGAUUGGAAUUGUACGAAGAUAUGGUAUUAGGAAGAGCAUUUGAAGAUAUGUGUGCUCAGAUGUAUUACAGAGGCAAAAUGUUUGGUUUUGUUCAUCUUUAUAACGGCCAAGAAGCUGUUUCAACUGGUUUUAUUAAACUCUUAAAGCAACAAGAUUCUGUCGUAAGCACUUAUCGUGAUCACGUGCACGCCUUAAGCAAAGGCGUCCCUGCACGUGCUGUCAUGAGCGAACUCUUCGGUAAGACCACCGGCUGCUGCCGUGGCCAAGGUGGGUCGAUGCAUAUGUUUUCCAGUGAACACAAUUUGCUUGGUGGGUUUGCUUUUAUUGGUGAAGGAAUUCCGGUUGCCACGGGAGCGGCUUUUACCUCUAAGUAUAAAAGGGAGGUUUUGAAAGAAGCGGAUUGUGAUCAUGUCACUUUGGCGUUUUUCGGGGAUGGGACUUGUAAUAAUGGGCAGUUCUUUGAGUGUUUGAAUAUGGCGGCGCUGUGGAAAUUGCCAAUUGUGUUUGUCGUUGAGAAUAAUUUGUGGGCUAUUGGGAUGUCGCAUUUGAGGGCUACUUCUGAUCCUCAGAUUUAUAAGAAAGGACCGGCUUUUGGGAUGCCUGGUAUUCAUGUCGAUGGGAUGGAUGUUUUGAAGGUGAGGGAAGUGGCUAAAGAGGCAAUUGCCAGGGCUAGAAGAGGAGAAGGUCCAACAUUGGUGGAAUGUGAGACAUAUAGGUUCAGAGGGCACUCAUUGGCUGAUCCUGAUGAGCUUCGUGACCCUGCUGAGAAGGCUCACUACGCUGCAAGAGAUCCCAUCACUGCCCUGAAGAAGUACCUCAUUGAGAACAGUCUGGCCAGUGAAGCAGAGUUAAAGGCCAUAGAUAAAAAGAUAGAUGAGGUGGUGGAGGAUGCUGUUGAGUUUGCAGAUGAAAGCCCUCUUCCUUCUCGGAGCCAGCUGCUCGAAAAUGUAUUUGCAGAUCCAAAAGGUUUUGGAAUAGGACCUGAUGGCCGGUAUAGAUGUGAGGAUCCAAAAUUCACCGAAGGCACUGCUCAUGUCUAAGCUUUCAAAGUAGGACAAUGAUCAAUCUAUUUAUGCUCAUUUUUUAUUAUGCAUGGUCUCAUGUAUCUAGUUUGUGCUAGCAAUCUCUUGUUUACCUCUAUUUAGUGUUUCUUGUGUAACAGGUAUGUGUUCUUUAGGAUGUCUGCUUAUUUAAAAUUUUGGUUUCGUAAUUAACUUUUCAUUUGUUACUUGGACAAAUGCUUUGAAUGGCAAAAUCCCCGGGAAGGGUUGGUUGGCCCCAAUUUCCUGCCA